AUGAUUGCCACAAUACUUAAUAUCAUGCCAAUGUUGAUCCACAGAGACCAAUCGGGUUUCACCACCGGCAGACAGGCGUCCGACUCCACAAGACGGGCUAUAGACAUCUUACACCAUGCUGAGACUAGUGGAACACCUUCUCUGCUCUUAGUUUUGACGCAGAGAAGGCGUUUGACAGGAUUCACUGGGGUUAUCUCCGAAAAGUCCUCCAGAAAUUUGGCUUUCAAGACCACACAUAAAGGUAAUGUCACCACAUUCUUCUUUUUGGGAUUUAACAGCAUGACCGUAUAUAAUCUGCUGCUCUUCACCUUGGUCCUUAUUAUAUACAUUGGGACAAUAUGUGGAAACCUUUUGAUCAUCAUGUUGGUAUAUUACAGCAAGACCCUUCAUUCCCCCAUGUACUUCUUCCUCUCCCAACUCUCUAUAUCUGACAUCAUGCUGACCACAUCUAUCGCUCCUAACAUGUUAAAUAUUGUUCUACAUGAGAGGACCUCCAUAUCCUUUUCUGGUUGCAUCGCUCAAUAUUAUGUCUUUGGCACAAUAGAAGUAUUUGAAUGUCUCCUUCUGACAGUGAUGUCCUAUGACCGCUAUCUAGCCAUCUGCUCUCCUCUGCAAUAUACCUCCAUUAUGAAACAAACACUUUGCAUUCAACUAGUUCUUGCAUCCUGGAUUUUCAGCUGUUCUAUGGCAUUAAUACCAACACUUGAUGUAAGUCAACUAGAAUUCUGUGGACCAAAUGUUAUUGACUAUUUAUUUUGUGAUUUCAAUCCUCUUGUGGAACUUUCCUGCUCAGAUACAUCCAGAGUUCAAAUUGAAGCCACCUUGUUGUGUGUCCCUGUGCUAAUAUUUCCCUUCCUAGUGAUAGUGGUUUCAUAUACUUACAUUGUUUUAACAAUAUUAAAGAUAUCCUCCUUUUCGGGAAGACUGAAAUCCUUUUCCACUUGUAGCUCCCAUCUCACUGUUGUGUUUAUAUUUUAUGGAACCCUAGCUGCUGCAUAUAUGAUUCCAAAGAAAGGACAAUCACAAAUGAUCAGUAAGAUAAUGUCCUUGUUGUAUACAGUGUUUACUCCCUUUGUAAACCCUUUCAUAUACAGCUUGAGGAAUAAAGACAUCAAGGACAGUUUAAAGAUGGGAUACCUGAUAUUUGUGGAUCAGAUCUAA